GGGAAGUGAACUGCACUUCCUAUUUCCUCAGUGUAACUACUCUCUUCUGACUAAACCAGAAAUCGAGAGGAUGAGAAACGAAAGGAGCACGUUUGACGCACGGUUCAUAAAUGAAUAUGAGCAGUAAAUGAGACAGACUCUGCGGUUCGGAUCCAGUUGUGCGCGCGCAAUGGGAGCGUCGCGCGUGCGGGCGGCAGUCUGAUAAAACAGCGACUUCUCAAAGUUUUUUAUGUUGGUGGCUGAAGACGAUUCAAGAUGAAGAAACAGUUCAACCGCAUGAAACAGCUCGCCAACCAGACCGUUGGCAGAGCAGAGAAGACAGAAGUACUGAGUGAUGACCUUCUUAUGAUUGAGCGGCGCCUUGAAAAUGUGCGACUGGUCUCUCAUAAUGCGCACAAGAGGAUGGUCAUGUGUCUGCAGGGUAACGUGGGCUCAGAUGUGGAGAAGAGACAUAAAAAGCUUCCUCUCACAGCCCUUUCACAGUCCAUGCUGGACGGAGGAAGUCAGCUCGGCGAUGAGUCUCUCAUCGGGAAGAUGAUGGAAGUGUGUGGAGAAGCUGAAAGCAAACUGGCCUUUGAGCAGAGCCAACAUGAAGUUCAGCUGGAGAGAGAUGUUCUCGAGCCUCUCAGCCAACUGGCGGAGGUGGAUAUUCCUAACAUUCUGAAGCAGAGGAAACAUUUAGCCAAGCUUGUGUUGGAUUUUGAUUCUGCAAAAGCCAGGUAUCAGCAGGCCACAAAGGCGUAUCCAUCAGCUGCAAAUGCUCAAGCAAUGGCUGCCAAAGUUGACACACUUAAAGAGGAGAUGGAUGAAGCUCAGAACAAAAUGGAAAUAUGCAAGGAUCAACUGGCAGCAGACAUGUACAGCUUUUCCUCCAAGGAAGGAGAAUAUGCUCGCUAUUACGUGUUGUUGUUAGAAGCUCAAGCUGAAUACCACAGAAGAGCUCUGGCGUCCAUCGAGAGUGUCCUGCCCAGCAUACAGUCCCAGCAAGAUAAAUGGACAGAGAAGCCAGCGUUUGGCACGGCUCUGGAAGAACAUCUGAAACGCACUAACAGAGAGAUCGCUCUGCCCAUCGAGGCCUGCAUUAUGAUGCUACUGGAAACCGGCAUGCAGGAAGAGGGUUUGUUCCGUAUCGCUGCUGGAGCGUCUAAACUGAAGAAGUUAAAGGCGGCACUGGACUGUUCCACUUCCCAACUGGAGGAGUUUUACUCUGACCCUCACGCUGUAGCCGGAGCCCUCAAAUCUUACCUGAGAGAGCUGCCUGAACCUCUGAUGACCUACCAGCUGUAUGAAGAGUGGAUCCAAGCCUCAAAUGUCUCUGACCCUGAUAAGAGGCUUCAGGCGCUGUGGGUGGUAUGUGACAUGUUACCAAAGGCCAACAAGUCCAACUUUAGGUACCUGGUGAAGUUUCUUGCCAAGCUUGCUCUAGAAAGUGACGUAAAUAAGAUGACAGCGAGCAACAUCAGCAUCGUACUGGGACCCAAUUUACUGUGGGCCAAGACAGAGGGAAGCCUGGCUGAGAUGGCAGCUACUACCUCCGUCCAUGUGGUGUCUAUAAUAGAACUGAUAAUCAACCAUGCAAGCUGGUUCUUCCCUGAAGACGUGGACUUCAAUGUUUCAGGCAUGUUUGCUAUGCCUGGGUGCCCGGGGACCCCUGACUCAGAAGCUGGAACCAUAGACAGGAGGCGCCCAGGCAGCCAGGGGUCGCUCGAAUCUGACACCCCCCGCAAAGACAGCCCUGCUAACAAACAGCCGGAAAUCGCCCCUCGUAGAGCUGGCACAAUAAAUAAAAAGCAGCACUCCAUGCCUAACUUCCAGCCCCCUCUCCCUCCCAUUGAUGCUGGGGAGGUUCCCGUGUUUGACCCCCCGCCCCUGUCGCCCACUGGCAGGGGUCUGGAGGCUGGGCAGGCAGGAGCUGCGGUUCCUCAGACCCAUCAGCCUUUAGUUCAGCAGCCUGCGGAGAACAGUAACAUCGCCCGAGAUCCUGCAUCCACACCCCCUGCCAUGAGGAACGGGCCAGGAGGUUCUAAUGGGACGCCCGCUCAGCUGAAUGUGGGGACCCCGACCUCAGGUCCUAAGGGCCCCAGUCCAUUCGCGGUGCGCAGAGGUACAAAGAAACAAGCGCCGGCGCCUCCCAAACAGGCCACCCCCCCCACACCUCAGAGCGUAAAAGGGGCUCCUAACCAGCCCACACCAAACCAGUCCUCAGCCCCGAGCACCCCUCAGCCUCUCAUUGCAUCCCGUCGCAGCAACCAGACCCCCAUCCAGGCCCCCAGCCACCCUCCUCCUCGACCUCCUUCCCAGAGCACAGAAGAAGCCGAACCGUCCCCUCCCAGAACGCCCACCCCUCCCGGGACACCUCCUUAUGACAGCUCCCAGCCACGCCCCAGGCCCACCCCUCGAGCACGACCCAAACCCAGCGGCCCGCCUCCACCACAACCAACCAGCGACGCUGCCAAUGGUGUCUGUGUUUCUGGAUCCAAGAUUAUCUCAGAUGAAGAUGGAGAUGGAGAGGAGAGAUCUUUGACGGGACUAGGGCUGGAUCUUGUCCCGGAGCUUGAGGAAGAUGAAACCACAGAAACACUCCCAGAUGAUGAACACCAAUCAGAAAACACCGCCCUGUGAGGUGGGCGGAGUCCAGUCCUCACACAGCCAAUCGAAAGCUAUGUUCGUAAUGGAAUACUAGCCUACUUACCGCAUAGUUUAUUUUUACUGUUGUUUUGAAGGAUGUGAAAGUAUUCAAUAUGAAAAACAUUUUAAACGUCCUCAGUUACCUUAUGAGUAAAUAUUGGUAUUAAACAUUCAGAUUUAAGGAAAAAAUGUCUUGACUUUUCUGAGAAUGAUCAAAUGAUGAGUCAUCGCAGUUGCUUCUGGUUCAAAUGUCACACUGGAAAUGGAAGGUCAAGUCGAUGCAUUGCAUUGUGGGAUAUGGUACCCAUCACAGUGUACAAUUUUAGUAGGUCAUCUGGAUAUUCUAAACAUACAGAAAAUGUGUAUGCCGACAUGCAAUAUAUACAUACUACAUACAGCACAAGUAGUGAACCUAGUGUGAUAGUAUGCUAUUCCGAACAUAGCCAUUCACUUUAAACUUUGACCCCUAUAGAAAUCAAAACCACAUCAGAAGGUUCCUGGAGUCUCUCUGUCCUCACAAUGCUGGCACAUUGUAACCAUAAACCGGGGGGGGGGGAUUAUGUAAACAUGCUAUACAAUCUUGAUUUUGUUCACAAAUGGCAUAAAGCUGGCUUGGGAUGUUUUGCAUAGCAAGCGUUAUAUAUGUGCCUUGAAAACCGUAAAUCAAAUCACUGAGUUUGUGUGACUGCUUAUCAUGGUGAAUGUCCUUUAUUCAAAUUUACUUUAAUCAUUCCUUUUGUCUUUUAAUACUUCUUUUAAGAUGUGACAAAAAUUGGAUUUAAAAAAGGUUAAGACGCAAUGAAAAAUAAUGGUUAUAAAGAUACAGUUGAUUUACUACAUGCAAAAAUAUGAUUUGUACUUUGAAGUAUUUUUCUUGGGGUGCAAUACUGACUGCAAUGUAGUGUUAUGACAUUACAGUCGUUUUUGGAUUAGUUCAGUAGUUUUUAAGAAUUGUAAUUAUGUUUUACAGGGUUUACUUUAGUGGAGUAUGUACUACCGUCCAUCCACUGUUGACCACUGAAAUAAACCCUGCACUUACUAUUAUGAAAUACUUCCUUCUCAAAAUGACCAAAGAUGCAUGAUCCUGUGUCAGAGCUUUAGGGGGUUGUUUCAUGUUGCAUGUGAUGCAGAAACAGCCCUGACAACAUUAAUGUGAAUGAAGGGGUUAAUGGAUCAGUCAAGCUCAGGAACCGUCAGCUAGAAAGCCAAAAUCAUUCAUUCCUUUCAUGAAUGAGUAUGCGUCUUUAUUUCUGUGGAUGUGUUAUCUUGAAUAGGCUUUCUUAAUUGUACAUAUUGAGUUUUUGUUUUUGUUUCACGCCCUUUUGUAGUGUGUGUGUCUGUGUGUGUGUUUGUGUGCGCAUUUCCUCCAUCUGAAUUCUAGUUCUUCACGUUCUCCAGUGCCUCAGAUAAACAAAUGUUGUACAAAUUCAUUUUUUCAACACAGUAGCUGUUUUUUUGAUUAUAUAUCUAAUAAAAUGCUUAAUUACAGGAA